AUGGGCGAAACUGGGAAGUGUUUCAUUGAUACGCCCGUCGGAGCCCCCUGUGAUCAAGGAAUUGUGCCAUACUAUUCGGUUCGUGUCCAAAGUAUAGAGGAAAUCCAAGCCUCGGUAAGCUUUGCAAAUGAGAAAGAUUUGUAUUUAGUGACAAAGAAUACGGGACAUGAUCAUCUUGGCCGUUCUAGUGGGAAAGGGGCAUUUUCAAUCUGGACACAUAAUCUGAAGGGUAUCGAAUGGCACGACUCCUUUGUCCCUUGGGGGGCACCUAUCGAUACCAGCGGAGUGCCAGCUGUGACACUACAAGCUGGAGAGCAAUGGUUCGAUCUUCUGGAGAUGAGCAUCGUUUCUGCGGACGGAGAGCAUCGUGUGAUCACUCCCUAUUCUGAUCCAGAAUUUUUCUGGGCCGUUCGAGGGGGUGGCGGUAGUGCCUGGGGUGUUGUGACAUCAGUCACCUACAAAACCCAUCCGGUUCCCCAAAACCUCCUAGUAGGCUUUGUGCAACUGAAUACAUCGGAUAAUUCUAGCUUGAAAAAGUUGCUUGCAGAAUCUAUGAAGCUUCUUCCUAAAGUGACAGAUGCUGGAUAUACGGGAUAUGGAAACAUGGACCAGAGUUUUCAAGCGAUAUUCCUCAAGCCAAAUGGGAGUUUGGGGUCUUUCAAUCACACAUUUGCCGGGUUCUUCAAUAUGUCAGAAUAUCCCGGUAUACGAGGUGCAGUUGGGGCCUAUCUGUCGACGUGGAAUGGAUAUUUGCAAACGUUCCUACAGGAUCCUAACAUUGGCACCAAUGUCCAAGAUACCUCACGACUAUUGACUGCAGACGUCAUUGACCAAAAAGCAAAAGAUUUAGCAAAUCUUAUUGUCGAUAACGGUGGGAAAGGAGGAUUCAAUUUUAUUGGUAAGGUCAACAACGACGAACGUGACAACACGGCAGUCAACAAAGUUUGGAAGCACAGUCACGCCCUGAUGAGCAUAUCCAUUGAUUGGGCUGAUAAUGCAACGGAAUAUGAGAAGCAUGAAAAGCGACUACGCGCCGUAAUGAUUAGCAAGAAUCUGACGGGACUUGUCGGCCCUGAAGGAGGAACUUACAUCAAUGAAGCUAAUCCCUACGAACCCGACUGGCAGACGGUAUUCUGGGGAGACAAAUACGAGAGAUUAUCUGAGAUCAAGCGGCGGAUCGAUCCCACGAAUCUUUUUGUGUGUAACAGAUGA